UCUGUUGUGCAGGAGCAGGAGCGGUGCUGGAUGGUGUGCGAGAUGGACCGGUUUGCUGACUCCGGGACGCAGACGGAGGCGGUGGUGGUCUUGUCGCUGGCCCAAGCCGCGGUCCUGGGCUUGGUGUCUGAGAAUGAGCUGCUGGGGGCCACUGUGACUCCGGGAGGGUUUUUCCCGGGCCUGGCCGGGGAGCUGGAGGAGACGGCAGUGGUGGCUCCGGAGCAGCCGGGCGGAGAGUGUCCCCAGGAGAGCGAGGGCCGUGGCCAGGCGGAAGGGCCCGAGGAAGAGGGCUUGGAGGUGGAGGUGCUCUUUGGGAAGCACGCCCGCCGGAGGAAGCGGCCCCCCGUGAGGCUGGUGCCCAAGGUGAAGCAUGAGAAGGGGGAGGGGGAGCAGAGCGAGGCGGAGGUGGCUGCCCUGAGCGAAGACCGGGGAGGAGAAGAGCAGCCCCCUUGCACUCCCCCAGCCCCACACAUGGAGGAAGAGCCCAGCCCUGACCAGGCUGUCCAGAGCAGCGCCACCAAAAUGAUCGACCUCAGCGUGUUCAGCCGGAAGCCGCGGCGCCUCCGGCACCUGCGAAGGCCCCCCCGCCAUGAACUCUCCCCCGGGGAGCCCAAGGAGAGCCUCCCCAGCCCCCCCGCAGAGAGCGUGGAGGCCCUGCCCGGCGACUACAACGGCUUCCCUGCUCCCGGCCCGGCCUCCUUGAGCCACGUGGAGCAGCACCUGCCAGACUCGCCCCCCGACCCAGACCAGAGCCAGGCGGCCUUUGGGUGGCCGGAGGCCCUGGAUGCCGAGGGGGAGGCCCUGGGCGAGCACAGCAAGAAAGCCCAGCUGGACCGGCUGGACAUCAACGUGCAGAUCGACGACUCGUACCUGGUGGAGAAGCGCUGGCAGUGCCGCCUAUGCGAGAAGUCCUACACCUCCAAGUACAACCUGGUGACCCACAUCCUGGGCCACAACGGCGUCAAGCCCCACUCGUGCCCCCACUGCAACAAGCUCUUCAAGCAGCCCAGCCACCUGCAGACCCACCUGCUCACCCACCAGGGCACUCGGCCCCACAAAUGCCAGGUGUGCCACAAGGCCUUCACCCAGACCAGCCACCUCAAGCGCCACAUGCUCCUCCACUCCGACGUCAAGCCCUACAGCUGCCGCUUCUGCGGCCGGGGCUUCGCCUACCCCAGCGAGCUGAAGGCCCACGAGGGCAAGCACGAGAGCGGGCGCUGCCACGUCUGCGUGGAGUGCGGCCUGGACUUCUCCACCCUGCCCCAGCUCAAGCGCCACCUGGCCACCCACCAGGGGCCCACCCUCUACCCCUGCCCCGAGUGCAGCAGGGCCUUCCACUACCGCAGCCAGCUCCAGAACCACAUGCUCAAGCACCAGAACGUGCGCCCCUUCGUCUGCACCGAGUGCGGCAUGGAGUUCAGCCAGAUCCACCACCUCAAGCAGCACUCGCUGACCCACAAGGGGGUGAAAGAGUUCAAGUGCGAGGUGUGCGGCCGAGAGUUCACCCUGCAGGCCAACAUGAAGCGCCACAUGCUGAUCCACACCAGCGUUCGCCCCUACCAGUGCCACAUCUGCUUCAAGACCUUCGUGCAGAAGCAGACCCUCAAGACCCACAUGAUUGUGCAUUCGCCCGUCAAGCCCUUCAAGUGCAAGGUGUGUGGGAAAUCUUUCAACCGCAUGUACAACCUCCUGGGCCACAUGCACCUCCACGCGGGCAGCAAGCCCUUCAAGUGCCCUUACUGCUCCAGCAAGUUCAACCUGAAGGGCAACCUCAGUCGGCACAUGAAGGUCAAGCACGGGGUGAUGGACGUCAGCCUGGACAGCCAAGAUCCCAUGCUAGAGCUGACCAGCGGUGGUGACCACACAGACCUGGACGGGCCGCAGGAGAUAGACGACUACGAGGAGGAGGAGGAGAAUCCGUAUGAGUACGGAGGGGUCGGGGGGAACCCCCCAACCGAGUCGGCCUUGACGGAGCAGGCCAUGAAGGAAAUGGCCUACUACAGCAUGCUGUAGGUGGAGGGGGCUGGGCGUGGCAGGAGCCACAAGUGCCCCCCCCCGUGUUGGCUUUGUUGAGCGGGGAGAGGGCUCCUGGGGGGGGGGGAGACACUGCCUAUCUGGCUCCUGCUCUGCACAGCCCUUCCCCCCCCCCCAGGCUGUGUUCCAGGGGGCUCCUGGGGGGUCUUUUCUCCAGCUGGAAAGGGCCUCCUUUGUCCUGCAGGGAGCAGCCAGGACUCCCCUCUCCAGCUCCCCCCUUAUAAACUACCUCUGCCCCACACCAAAAAAACCCAAACUUUAUAAUGGCAGGGGGCCUGCCCCAAAGACUUGUGGGGUGAGAGAGCGCCCCCCCAUCCCUUUGCUGGCAGAACAGCCAAGGUGGCACAAUUGCUCAGUUAAAUUCCAGCGUUGUCUCCACAGAGUGGACUCUCUCUCCCCCCCCCCCCCACUGUGUGCAUAGAUCUACUGUGUUUAUUUUUCCUGUUCUGAAGAAGUUCAGCAAUAAAUGAAUAUUCUUUG